ACAUAGCCAAAGGCUGGGUCUUCGCUGCAAUCACCCAGGAAUAUCAUCACGCUUGCAAGUUUGCUGGAGUCUGUGGUCGAAACCACAAGGGGGAUUCGGAAGUUAUUGUUGUUUUUCGGCGCAUUAUUUUGCAGGGAAUAUCUAGUACAACUGGAGUAUGCAUAAGUAAAAAAAUUUCUGAAAAGACAAAGUGAACCGAACGGUAAAACAAUACGGAAAUUAACUCACCGGAUGAGGGCCUUUUUCAAAUUUGUAUAACUCAAUUCCGAAAUAUACUGGCAAUAUUCUACUGGUUUCGAAUAUAGUGACCGCUUUAUAUGUAUGCACGUGGAUAUUUAAUUGAAUGUUUGUGAAAAUUGAAUAGUAAGUCUUAGUACUUAGUUACACAUAAAUAAGUUUAGAAGCAUUGCCGACGGUAGAAACGACAAAUCAAUGAUGUGUUAGUGAAUGUGUUAACGACGAAUUCCGUUUUGUAAAAAAUCCACAAAAGCACGAAAUCUUAAAAUCAAACCGCCCAAGUUCAGUAGUAAUUUUCACACUGGAUUUCCCAAGCAAUUUCCGAAGGAAGGAAUUGGACAUGUCAUUCCUGGCAACUUUGGAUGCUAACGCUUGGCAGGAACGCCUCACUAGUCAUGGCAGCUUGGGGUUAUCAAGCAGUAGUCCUGCUUAUACUACACACACGGGUGGCCACAGUGGCCGUGGAGGACCUUCUUCUGGACACGGUAGCCAUGGCAGUACUCACGGAUCUGCAGCAACAAUGCAUCACCAAUCUCUUCAAUCAGAUUUCCAACCGCCCUACUUUCCUCCACCGUUUCAUCAUUCAACUCAAAGUCCGCCCCAACAACAGGUACCUGCAUAUUUACAGAACCAUGGAGCUUUAGAAUAUUUGGGUACAGAUCCAUAUGGACAACCGUUAUCAUCACUGCACCAUGCCCCUUUGCACCACUAUAACCAAUUAGCAGGCUUACGAACAACUCAAGAUCAACUUGGUAUACACAGAUCUCAUAGAGAAGCGGAGCUACAAGGCCAUGUGGCGCAGCUGUCUCAUGGUUUCCCGUACACAGAUAGACGAGCAGAUUACGGUAGCACUAUAUCAGGAGGCGCCACACAUGGUGGUAGGCUUGCUCACGAACAUGAUCCCUUAGCCUUGCAUCAAGCACUACAGAACGCCGUUGAUGAUGUCCAAAAUCCCGGUAUAGAUGACAAUGUCGCGUUUAUGUCAGAUCUACCUCUAAUUAAAAGUAUUAAAAGUGGGAAAGAGCUUGGUAAUAUUGGCUCUGGUUCCCCCAGUGAGGUAUUUUGUGCUGUUCCGGGACGACUUAGCCUUCUAUCCAGCACUUCCAAAUACAAAGUAACAAUUGCUGAAGUUCAACGAAGGUUAUCACCUCCAGAAUGUCUAAACGCGUCUCUACUUGGCGGAGUUCUCCGAAGAGCUAAGAGCAAGAACGGUGGACGCCUACUAAGGGAAAAGCUUGAAAAAAUUGGUUUAAAUUUACCUGCGGGAAGACGAAAGGCUGCCAAUGUCACUUUACUCACGUCCUUAGUAGAGGGCGAAGCUACUCAUCUGGCAAAAGAUUUUCAUUUCGUUUGUGAAACUGAAUUUCCAGCUCGUCAGCUAGCCGAAUAUGUCAUUAGACAUCAAACAGAACCCCAAGAAUCAUAUCGCAGGAAAGAACUACUUAUUCAUUCACAGCAGAUAACAAAGGAACUAAUGCAAGUACUUAGCCAAGACCGCACGACACAAUACGGCACGAGAUCACAACAUUUACUAGAACCUUCUAUGCAGCGUCACCUCACACACUUCUCUUUAAUUACUCAUGGGUUCGGAUCUCCUGCUAUAAUGGCCGUACUGCAUGCUUUUCAGACUUUUCUCAAUGAAUCACUCAACUAUUUAGAUAAAUUAUAUCCUUCAAAUAGUGGCGGCAUGGUGUCCUCCUCGCUGGACAAAAACAAAAUUGAUAGUGACAAGAAAUGA